AUGAACCACCUUCCUCAAGUCUGGGGCAGACCCAGAGAUGACAUCUACGGCGCAUACAACCCAUCCUACCUCCCACAGUCGCACGGCGGCACACAGCAGCCCAUCCAGCACACACAACAACCCAUCGUGACCGGCACCUCAGUCAUCGCCCUCAAGUUCAGCACCGGCGUCGUGAUCGCAGCAGACAACCUCGCAUCAUAUGGCUCACUCGCACGAUUCACCGACGUCCAUCGCCUCAAGCCCUUCAACCGCAAGUCAGUGGUCGGUGUCGGAGGUGAUGUCUCGGACAUGCAGUAUCUCGACCGCCUGCUCAAAUCACUCGAUGUGGAGGAGAACUACUCGUCAGGCUCACACACCGCCGACGAGGAGGCUGCCGAUCCAGCAAUGAUGAGCGCGAAGAACCUGCACACAUACCUGGCUAAGGUCAUGUACAAGAGGCGGACAGACUUCAACCCGCUGUGGAACGCUCUGCUGGUGGCGGGUCUAGAUGAGAAGAACAAGCCAUUCAUCGCAUCCGCAGAUCUGCUCGGCACAACCUUCAGCGCACCGACGAUGGCUACUGGAUUCGGUGCACAUCUGGCACAGCCGAUUCUGCGACGUGCGGUUCCGGAUGAGGAGGCGAGCCAGAAGUUGAGCAGAGAGCAGGCCGUACAGACUGUCAAGGACUGCAUGAAGGUGCUGUUCUACAGAGAUGCACGAAGCAUGAACGAAUACAGCAUUGCUGUGAUCGAUGAGAAGGGUGUGGAGCUGAAGGAGGAUGAGAAACUCGAGAACCAGAGCUGGGACUUCGCGGAUAAGAUCAGAGGCUACGGUACUCAGACCGUAUAG